AGGUGCCUGAGCCCAGCGCGCAGUCCUGCCGGGGCCAUUCGCUCAGCCGCGUCCUGAUCGGCAGGUGUCUUCUGUUUCCAUCGUUGUUCCUGGCCUGCUGAGUGCUAUCAGCCCCUGCUCCUCGAAUGGAAGCAUCAUCGUGAGGUAUCCAGCCAAUCUCUUGGGGGUCUACAUUGAACGAAGAUGAGUGCUUCUUCCAGGAUACUGUAACUAGAUUGUCCAGGUCAGUUCAGACUUGACCAUGGGAGCCAACACUUCAAGCAAAGCCCCAGUGUUUGAUGAAAAUGAAGACGUCAACUUUGACCACUUUGAAAUUUUGCGAGCCAUUGGGAAGGGAAGUUUUGGGAAGGUCUGCAUUGUGCGGAAGAAUGACACCAAGAAGAUGUACGCCAUGAAGUACAUGAACAAACAGAAGUGUGUGGAGCGGAAUGAAGUGAGGAAUGUCUUCAAGGAACUCCAGAUCAUGCAGGGCCUGGAGCACCCUUUCCUGGUGAAUCUGUGGUAUUCCUUCCAAGAUGAGGAGGACAUGUUCAUGGUGGUGGACCUGCUACUCGGUGGUGACCUGCGUUAUCACCUGCAGCAGAAUGUCCACUUCCAGGAGGACACAGUGAAGCUCUUCAUCUGUGAGCUGGCCAUGGCCCUGGACUACCUACAGAGCCAGCGCAUCAUUCACAGGGAUAUGAAACCUGACAAUAUUUUACUUGAUGAACAUGGGCAUGUGCACAUCACAGACUUCAACAUUGCUGCCAUGCUGCCCAAGGAGACCCGGAUCACCACCGUAGCUGGCACCAAGCCUUACAUGGCACCGGAGAUGUUCACGUCUAGGAAGGAAACAGGCUACUCCUUUGCUGUCGACUGGUGGUCCCUCGGGGUGACGGCUUACGAACUGCUGAGAGGCCGGAGACCAUAUCACAUCCGCUCCAGUACUUCCAGCAAGGAAAUUGUGAACAUGUUUGAGACAGCAAUUGUAACUUACCCUUCUGCCUGGUCACAGGAGAUGGUAUCCCUUCUUAAAAAGCUGCUUGAACCUAAUCCAGACCAACGCUUUUCUCACUUGACUGACAUUCAGAAUUUCCCUUACAUGAGUGACAUGAACUGGGACGCCGUCCUGCAGAAGAGGCUCAUUCCAGGCUUCAUUCCGACCAAAGGCAGGCUCAAUUGUGACCCCACUUUUGAACUGGAAGAAAUGAUUUUGGAGUCCAAACCUCUUCACAAGAAAAAGAAACGACUGGCUAAAAGGGAGAAGGAAAUGAAGAAAAGUGACUCCUCUCAGACGUGCCUUCUUCAAGAGCAUCUUGAUGCUGUUCAGAAAGAAUUUAUAAUUUUCAACAGAGAAAAAGUAAAAAGUGACUUUAAUCAGAGACAAGCAAAUCUAGCCUUGGAACAAACCAAAAACAACACAGAAGAGGAGGAGGACGGCCAGAAUAACAACCUAUAAAGUGCUUCCGAGUCUUCGGGGGACAGUGCUUCGGGGGACAGUUCUUGGCACCUGGCGGGAAAGUCCUGAUUAUCACACACAGAAGAGCUGACAGGAGUCCCUGCCACUGCCACACCUCAUGACUUAGAGAAUAUGAAUGAGUAGUCUUCGAAGUUGGUGGCAGCACUCUGCAGCGACAGGAGAGGAAGAGAGCCCUGGUUCUGAGCUCUUCAGUUCCAGCUUCAGCACGCAUUGACUCUGUGACCUUAAGUGAAUCAUUUAACUGCUUCCUCUGUUUUAGUUCACCGCUUGGAAGGUAGAGGGAUAUUUCAGGAGAGCUACUCUUUGCUCUGGCUACAGAUUGCUCUAAACAGCCUUUAUUCUUAUUUUUAAAUGAAUAUUUGAAUGUAGAUUUAUUUUUUAUUCUUUCUGAUGACACUGUGAAACAUGGACACUGUACAUAGUGGGCCUCUUCAGGGCUAGAGAAUAUCACACAGGGGCCAGAAUUCCAAAGCUUGAUUAGGUAGGAAUAAAGAUGUUCCAUCGGGAAUAAAUACAUAGGUUAGAUUAGAAGUAGCAAAGACUCAUGAGAUCUUGAAGUGGGGAACUGGAUGGGCACGGAAUCUGUUUGCAAGUGCCUACUAUGUGCAUGGCCUCUCACGCUCUCUUGUGUGAGGUGGCCUUGAUCAGUUAAACUUGAUUCUGAUGAGAGGAGUCAUAUGCAGAAGUUUAGCAAAUGCUGGGAGUUGGGACACAUUUUUUUUUUUCCAACAUGGCAGUUGUAAAAUAUCAGACUCUGGUAUGUUUGUCCCUUGAAGGCUAAUUUUCCUCAAGGUUAGCAGAGACCUGCUUCUCCAGAGGAUCAGAGAGUACUCCUGAACUACAGGUAGAGUUACUUGGAACUAUUCAGUGAAGUCACACCUCACAGGAGAGAUUUCCAGGAGUUUUGGAAGCAAGCAAACUUUCCCUUGAAACUCCUAACUCUACAAAGUGAAGGGGGAAAAAAAGUCAGUUGCUUUUUUGUCAAGAAAUAUAUCACGUCUUUGUGUUGUUUGGCUCUUUAUUUUUUGUAUUGGUUAACUAAAAUAGGGAACAAUUUACACAUAUCUACUCAAGAGUUACACUUAAAGAAGCAGGAUGGCUUAUAGAUCCCAGAGGUCAAAUUCAGGGAGACCGAUGCCCCCACGUUAUGUAAUCACUGUGAGAUGGCUGGCAGAAUUGCCCUGCUGCUUAACAUAUUGUUGAAGUCUGACACUUUCUUGUCUGUGUAUUUCACUCAUGUGCAGAGUGUCAGUCACCUUAACUGUGUAUGUGUUGUAACUGCCCUGUGCUCACGCAUACAAGAUCUUUGAAGAACUUCUUCGAGUGCCCCACUGGUGACGCUAGGUAGAAUCAUGACGUAGGUGGCUUUACAAAGCAUGUUUUCAACUCUUGGGGAAACCGAGGCCAUUAAUGGUAUUCCUUAUGGAGAGUACAGGCAUAGCCAUGGUGGCAGCAAGCUGGUCCAAGUGACCAGCUUGAUUGAUUGAUAUCAUUUGGGAAAGGCAGACAUGGAAGUAGAGGGUAGCUACUGGGGCAAGAAAGUUUGUGUCGAAAACAAGAGCUGAGGGUAAGACUGGCAUUUACAGUUCGCCAGAUUCUGGCGUGGUUGGGACAUAGUGCCUCUCUACUAAGAGCAAACACACACACACACACACACACACACACACGCACGCACGCACGCACGCACGCACACAAGCACGCACGCACGCACACGCACGCACGCAUGCAUGCACGCACAUGCACGCACACGCACGCACGCACGCCAGCACGUACACGCACACGCACAUUUUUAAGAAUCAAAACCCACCUCUUUUAUUGAGCUCCUGUCUCUGAGGUUCUGUCUGACGUUUUAUUUGUGACAUUUUGGUCAUAUUCCAUCACUGUUUAUCUCAAAGCAUCUGCCCUGACCUUCAGAGGGAUGAAUGGGUCAAACAUAGCAACCCAGAGACGACUCGAUUCUGCUCCCGGCUGAUACCCCACAAGUGUCAGGGACCACAUGCAUGCUCCAGUUUUUGCCUUUUGUUCUUCUGUAUUGAAGACCCAACGUGUUAGAGGUGUUAUGGAUUUACCUGCCCUCACCUGGCCCCACCUUCUCCUGGACCUUGCCUGCAUCCUCCAAAACAGCAGCUUUCAAAUCGUUCUAAAGGCCAGCAGGGCCAGCAGGUCUCAAGUUCAAAUCUCUAGUUUUUCUUCCCAGUGGGCAUCUUUCUGAGCACGGUUGCUUUCAGAACUGGGGAUAUGCUGGUGAAAGUGCAGGGUGGGAGGUGGGUCAAUGACAGGCACACCGUGUGUGGUCAGUUAAAAGG